CUCUCAAGAGUCUCGGGAGAUUCAGCUCAGUUGUCGGUUGUUUUCGCGGGAUGGCGGUAGUGCUUAUCUUAUUGUCAUCCGUGUUGUGGGACGGUGCUGCUGUCGUUGAUGUUGCCACCGCCUCCUCUGACUUUGUCACGGUUUUAUCGGUGCUUUCGAAUCGCGUGUUCUUAUCAAAGAAAGGCCUAAUGGAAUUAGCAUG